GGAAGAGAACCUUGAAAAGGCCCGCGACAGAGGCAGUCUUGUAUACGGGUGUAGAAGUGUUGUUGCGCGCGUGCGUAUUUGCUAGCAUGGUCACAUGGUAGGCGCGUGCGUGCGUGGUGGUGGUUGCUGGGAGGCUUGAGCCGUUGGCCGAGGAGUAACGACUCUCGCAGGGAAAGUUUGGGCCGUCUGUGGUUGGGCCCAGAAGAGGGAACGCAAGGAAGCUGAAUGGAGAAGGGCGGCGGUGAGUCGAGAAUCCGCAUAGCCUGGGCGCUUUAUGAACAAAAGGCAUAAAAACCUGCACCAGAAUUGCUGAGAAUGUGAGUUAAAAUGAGCAAACGGAAAUUGAAGAAAGAUAGCUUUACAAAUGGGGAAUGCAUUUCAGAGGUACAAAAACUAUUACGUGAAAGAUUCUGUCACCUGAAUCCAAAUGGAAAGUUAUUUGGACUUGAGCAUCAGUAUAAGCAUUUACUUGAGCUGUUAAAACAUACUGCUAUUAAUGGUGAAAGCAAUUCUGUACUUAUUAUUGGACCACGGGGGUCAGGAAAGACUCUGUUAAUUUGUCACGUCUUAAAAAAACUUCUGGAAAUAAAGCAAGUAAGAGAUAACGUCUUGCAGGUUCAUUUAAAUGGGUUAUUACAGACCAGUGAUAGAAUUGCUUUGAAGGAGAUUACAAGACAGCUAAAUCUGGAGAAUGUGGUUGGAGAUAAAGUUUUUGGUAGUUUUGCAGAAAAUCUUGCAUUUCUUCUGGAAGCAUUAAAGAGAGGAGAUCGGGACCACAGUUGCCCUGUUCUGUUCAUUCUAGAUGAGUUUGAUUUGUUUGUCCAUCAUAAGAACCAAACAUUACUAUAUAACCUUUUUGAUGUAUCACAAUCAGCACAGACACCUAUAGCUGUUAUUGGUCUGACUUGUAGACUGGAUAUUCUAGAACUCUUGGAGAAAAGAGUGAAGUCAAGAUUUUCCCACCGGCAGAUACACUUAAUGAAUUCCUUUGAUUUUAAAACAUAUUUGAAUAUUUGUAAAGAACAAUUAUCCCUUCCUCCAGAAUUUCCCGAAAAGUCCUUUAUCCAGAAGUGGAAUAAAAACAUACAGUCUCUUCUAGAAGACCUAAAAGUUCAAGAUGUUCUACAAAAUCAGUUUCAUUAUAGUAAAGACUUGCGGUGUUUAUUCAUGUUGCUGAUGCUUGCUUCAAAUAAUAUAACUGCAUCCCACCCUUAUAUUCGUGUCUCUGACUUCCUUGAAGCAAGCAGACUUUGCAGAAUGGACACAAAAGCAAAUAUUGUGCAUGGUCUGUCUGUGCUGGAAUUGUGCCUCAUAAUAGCUAUGAAACAUUUAAAUGAUAUUUAUGAAGGAGAACCAUUUAAUUUUCAGAUGGUUUAUCAUGAGUAUCAGAAGUUUGUUCAGAGGAAAGCGCAUACUGUGUACAAUUUUGAGAAGCCUGUUGUCAUGAAGGCCUUUGAACACUUACAGCAUCUCGAAUUGAUAAAACCUGUAGAAGGCCCGUCUAAUUCUGUACAGAGAGAAUAUUUGCUGAUGAAACUGCUUCUGGACAGCAGCCAAGUUAUAGAAGCUUUGCAAGUGUAUCCAAACUGCCCAACUGAUGUCAAACAAUGGGCUAUAUAUUCAGUCCAAUGAUUAUAGAUUUCAUAAGUUCGAGUCACAUUGAAGUUAACCAGUCUUCAACAUCAGCAUUAGUAUUUGGAAAACACAUCUUGAAAUUAUGGGUGCUUGUCUUCAGCUGUAUGGGACUUGCUUAAAUCAUGAGGGAUCCUCUUCUUUUUAAACAAAGCAAAAUUUCCCAGGAAGUGUAUUAUUUGGACCUAAAUUAGAAAUUACCAUAUUAAAAUGAUCUCAAAUAUCAAAUGAAAAUUAUUUCUCCAUUUUAGUUCAUUUUAAUUUUUUUCUGGUCACUAGUAUCUAUUGCCCAAAAUGUAUGCAAAGAAACAUCUUAUGCUAGUAACGUUAUCAGUAGAGUAUGUGAAAAAUCUGUAUUCUGUUAUACUUCAGUAGGAAAGUAAGCAUUUUUCUAAAGAGUUGAAGAGACUCAAAGUCAUUUUGUGAAUUUAUCAGUAGUUACUCAGGACAGCAGGAACAAUUUUCUUAGUCUUAAAAUACAAUUCCAAUUAAGUCCUGAUUUUGGUAUAUUGGACCUAUUUUAAUAUUGAAGUAACAACAUAAUAUUUCCUGACAAAAUGGCAUGGUAAGCAGGAACAACCUAUGUAGACAUUUCUUUUCCCUGUAAAAUGUGCAAAUAUAAUAUCGCAGACUCAGGAGCUAGGACAGUAAGGCGAAAUCUUAAUAAUACAUAUAUAUUCCUACAUACUGUCUGUUGAAUUACUGCAACGUAAAGCUGGAUAUUAAAGGCAAUGUGUUUGUAAAUUACCAAGUUAAACUGUUACCUACGUAAAUGAAGACUGAAAGGUAUAAAUUGGUUUUAUGGAUUAUUCAUAUUUAAAGAGAUAUUCUGUUUUCAGGAUUUAAAAAGGCUGCUCAUAUGAACUUUUUGUAAGAUGAGCAAUUCGUUUAAUAAACUGUUGCAAUAAAGCACUACAUUCAAAAUAUACAGAGACAUUACCUACCUGGUUCACCUGAUGAAAAAAUUUAUUCGCAGACAUGAUUUGUGUAUUUCCUAUAAUUUGUUUUGUUUUAUACUGCCGUUUGAAGUAAAGCCUUCUCAAAACAGUGUACGCAGUAACAUUUGAAAGCAAUAAAACGUAAUACAAUUAAAACUGAAAUAUAAACAUACAAACGUAAGUUAAAACCCUAAUUUAUAAAAUAAACAUGAAUUGGUGAAUGUAGGCAGACUAGGGCACCCCAGAUUUGCUUCUAGUAGGUGUUUAAAAAGGUGUAGUCAAUCUGGUGAUCCCUUGGGCCAUAAGAGCAGGACUUCUUUUACUAUUUUCAGGGUUCUAUCACAUAGACGUAGAUGGCCUUUCAAAUGCUCAAACUCCUUUAAAUUUUAAGAUAAUUUUUAAAGGUAUCUUUUAAUUGGACUUGGAACCACUGUAGAAAUUGGAAUUUGUACUGGAUGUUGUGAUCAUUUAGUUGUACAAGGAUAUAGCUACCAUGUAUUAGAAACAAGAACAUAAGCAAUAAAGGAGGUAGCAAAUUAUACCAAUAAUACAUCUGGAAAAUCAGGAAUAUGUUGUUGUUCUACUUGUCUUUGGUAUUACAUCAUAAUGUGCAGUGUAUGCAAAUUGGAUGAAUUGGAAUGCUAACAUGAAACAUGAAGUGCAGUCUCAUGGGAAUCACCAAGGCUUUGAUAGAGUGUCACGUGAAGUUUCUGAACAAACUUAGUUUCAGUUACUAGCAAGACUUGCUGUCAAUUGUCCUGGAUGAUAAAUCAGUACAGUACGAUAAAAGGCAAACCUGGAGAUAAUGUGUGUUUCCAUUAAUAGCAUCAAGUUCAGCAGCACUCCUGGGUUGUGUACUUGGUUUUUCAAUGCAACAAUCCAAUCUAACCUUGCUCUCACACUAGCUAGUUAGGUAGGUUCUGUUGGUUAUGGACCCUUUUGUCAUACCUGGAUUAGGCUUGUUAUCUUCUUUGGUUUUUUACCGUCUUCUAGGGACUAGCUAGAAGUAAUUAGUAGAGCUGUUUCUCAUGUGUUUAUUAAUGAAACUAGCGUAAUAUUUGGGGGGCAACAGGCACAUUGGGAAUGCAUUGGACACAACGGAAAGGGGGAAGGUAUUUCUAGCCACCAAAUGGAUGCAGCGAUGGACAGUCACAAAAACACCCAUUUAACGUAAGGCAAAUGAAGUUGCUUCUAUUGCAGUAUACUUUUUGCCUGGAUUUAUUGGGCAGGUAAUCACAACUCCAAAGUAUUGGAUUGCCACAACCUGGAAUCUGGCACUUGGUUUGGCAGUAUCUCUUAAUUUUAAGAUUAAAAUUAUUUUAAAAAAUAGGGCGUAGGUCAGCGAAUUUUGAGAGAGAUGAAGUAAUGGGAAUUGAUCCAAAAUAUAUAAUUGCUUCCACUCUGCUAGAAUCUUGACAGAACCUCCAGAAGGAGUUGAGGAACCUCAAAAAGUUAUGUUCCAAAUCUCUUCAUGGAAUGGACAAUUGAAAUUUUAAUAUGCCUAUUUUAAACAGCUUUGUGGUUUCUACCAACUAUAAUGUUGCAAGGCACAGCAUUCCAGAAUAAAUGGAAAUUUAUGGCCCGAGACCUUAAUAGACACAUUUCUGAAACUAAUCUGUGGUGAAACUAAAAUAUACUAGUGGCAGCAUCUGGCAUACUGCAGCAGGAAGGUCAUUCCCUUUUUGUGCGUGUACUUGCUUUCCCAUAUAUGUGCACUGGAGAUACCAUGUAUUGUGUUUACCUAAUUCUGUUCUAAAUUAUCCCUUGUGUCCCUUUUGCAUUUCAUUCAGUGGCUAUCUAGUAAAUUCCUACCACAAGCGUGGAUGAAAUGACUAUAUAGAUUUUUUUUUUUUGCUGUUAUAUUGCACCAAGUGCUUAACCAAAUUAAUUUAGGAUUUAGUUUCUAACAAAUAUCUCCAAGAAAUCUUUAAGGCCUAGCGAUAUAAAGUAGCAAUAUAUCCAUAAUUUAAGGAAGUGAAAAAAAUCUCAUAAUUCAAUUAUACGUGUAUCAGAAUUCAGUUACCUGAUGCUUGGUAAUAAGCAUGUAUAAAGCCUCAUGUUUUUCCAUAAUGUUUAUCAUUACAAUACACCCAUGCUCUCUUAGCUUGUUGCUUUAACAACAGUCUUAUUCAGCAACAAUUGUGCAGCCUCUUCAGAUUCUAAAUAUUAUGUUAAUUAUCAGAAAGGAAUUUAAGCUAUUACUGUUCUUCAAGCAAGAAUUGGGGACACAAAUGUAGGGUCUGCACUUGUAUUUUGCCAUAUAGUGCCUGAAUAGGGUACAUCACUCUCAACCUGUUAUGUACUUAAUUGCUGCUACUUAAGUUAUUGCUCUGCAUGUUAUUUUCUUGAAAACCUUUGUAACAAAAAGCUUCAGACAAUCAUGGACUUUUGUCAGAAUAAGGACCACUGAAUUAAAUGAGUGGGUUUUGAUGUAAAGUGAGUGGGCACUGG